UGGCUCUCCGGCAAGAUGUGGAGACCCCUGUGCGCGAUCGUCUUUCUCGUGGUGAUUGUGAGUCCGCUGGCGGAGACGAGUUCCAUCCGCCGGCGAAAGUCUAUCAGACUUCCAUUGAGUGACUACCUCAACUAUGACGGAGUGAUGUCGUACCUGGAUCGGUUGGCCAUAGCCCACAGCGAUCGGGUGACCCUAAAGGAGGUGGGUCGAUCGUACGAGAACCGCGCCCUGAAACUCGUCAUGAUAACGAACGGAGACGGGCGGCAGGGAAAGAGGGUGAUCUUCUUGGAUGCCGCCUUGCACGCUCGGGAAUGGAUGACCCCCGCUGUCGCCCUCUAUGCCAUCAAUAAGUUGGUGGUGGAGUUUGAGGAAAAUGCCCACCUCCUGGCCGACUUCGAUUGGCACAUUAUGCCACUGGCCAAUCCCGAUGGUUACGAAUACUCCCGCAAUAAGGAUCGUUAUUGGAGGAACACAAGGAAACCAAAUGGCGGCGGAUGUUUCGGCACCAAUCUCAACAGGAACUUUGAAGUGGGCUGGGCAGAGGGUUUUCCGGAGCUAAAAGAUCCUUGCGAUGAAAAUUACGCGGGAAAUGAACCAUUCUCCGAGGUAGAGGCACGUACAGUGCGCGACAUUAUGCACAGCCUGGUGGAAAGUGAGCGAGCCGUCAUGUAUCUAUCCCUGCACACGGCCAACCGUUCGGUUUUCUAUCCUUGGGUCUAUGAAUAUACUCCAGUGCCGAAUCAAGGGGAACACGAUGAAAUCGCCAAGUAUGUCGCCGAUCAAAUAUUUCAGAGCACUGGCACGGUAAUAAAGCCGCGGCAGGCCGCUCAAUAUGCCGGAACAUUCGGCGGUACCAGUAUGGAUUACGCCUAUAAAGUGGGAUUCCCCCUCUCUUUUGUCUUCGAGAUGUCGGGAACGGGCGGGGACCACGUGGAGUACAAGUUUUUCCCACCAACCUGGGAUAUACGCCGCUUAGCUGAUGAAUCGUGGACGGGUAUUCGAGCGUUUGGCGAGAAGGUCAUUGAAAUGUAUCCGCCCUCCCGACAAUUAAAGCCAUCACAGAUACAGAGACUUACCGGAAGUGCAUCACGGAAUUGGGGCUUAAGUUCCAUGGUUGGAACAACCACCUUCCUCCUCGUAUAUUUUACCAACAAUUUUGAAAGCCUUUAAAUGAGAUAUAACUAAAAAUACUCCUUUCUUCGAUCCGUCUUAUCUCGAAAUAAGCAGAAAAAGCUAAAAACUAAGAGCCGUCCUGUCAAUGUUAUGGUAAGGUUCUACUUUCUAAUCUUUCAAUAAACAUUAGGUAAAAUUGUUGUUUUCAAACCACAAA